AUGAAGGCCGCCAUUGUCCUGUCCUUUGUUGCCGCCGCCAUGGCUGGCGUUAUUGAGCGAACUAACGGAUGCAACGCCGACAACUGCGCUCGUGCCGUCACCGGUACCCGUGAUGGACUCCUGCCCAUCACCUCCCGCCAGGCCGACUGCUCCAGCUUCAUGCGGGCUACCGUCACCCCCAAGGCUACCACCACCACCAUCACCAUCACUGUUGAUCCCGAGGUGACCCCCAAGGCCAAGCGCGCCGCUGCCAACCCCUCCGCCGUCACCGUCUACCCUACCUUCAUCCCUGACUACGCCGAUAACUGCCCCAACGGUGCUGGCUACUCCUCUGCUUGCUCUUGCUGGGGCAUCACUGCCACCACCACCACCGCUGCCACCCCUACCCAGACUGAGAUUGUCACCGUCACCCAGUCUUACUGCGAGCUGUAA